AUGGAGAAAAUACUGGCUGUACUGAAUUGUAUCGAGGAGCAGAAGGUCCUCUUCGCCACUUUCGAGCUGGUUGAAGAAGUUGAAUGGUGGUGGCAUGUGUUGAAUCUAAUUGUGGAACAGCGAGCGGUACCUAUAGUUAUGACUUGGGGUCACUUCAAGCAAGUCUUCUAUGACCGAUAUUUUCUCGCCAUGACUAGAAAUGCAAAGGCAGAAGAAUUUUUCAGCUUUCAAGGGCGCCUUAUUAUUCAGCAUUACGCUGCUAAAUUUUUGAAGUUAUCUCAUUUUGCACCUUCUAUAGUUCGAAAUGAAUAUCAGAAGGCAAGGUGGUUUGAGAGGGGCCUAAAUCAGAGGAUCCACGAGCAUAUGGCGUGUUUGCAGAUUCAGGAUUUCAUGGAGUUGGUGAAGAAAGCUACAGUGGCAGAGUCGAGUUUGCAGAGGAGGAUGGAGGCAUCAAAAUGA